CUUCUCUCAUCCAAAGUCCAUUCGGGGGCCGUGCAUUGGAGUGUACAAAACAGCCGGUUCCACUGGCCCGCUUUCUGAUCGUUUGUAUCCCGCAGCAGAGCACCCAGGGCCGGGACCCCGAAGGCAGCGAUGUCCGACACGACCGCGACUCGGGCAGACUCGGAGAUCGAAUUCUGCCUGGCGAGGGAAGAGGAUUACGAUGACGUCAUGGCCAUCUCCCACGGGAUCUACAGCGGCAUGGACUACUUGCCCGCGCGGUACCACUUGUGGAUGAAAGAGCCGCACCGAUUGGUGUUCCUGGGAAAGAGGCGGGGCAGAGUGAUCGCGCUGGAAUCCACGAUCCUCGUAGACGGAGGCGAGACCGUGAUCGUGGAGGGUCUGCGUGUGGCGCCGGAGGAGCGCGGCCGGGGCGUGGCCGGACUGAUCCAGAGCCACGUGGCCCAGUUCAUCAAGACCCACUACCCCCGGGUCCGAACCAAGAGGCUGACCCGCGGAGACAACCCGGGACCGCAAGCGCUCGCCAAGUUCAGGGUGCUGGCGACACGGGCGAUACUGACCCAGCACUGCGAGGCCGCCUCUGUGGGCCGAUUCAUCGACGAGCUGGGAGUCAGAGUGAGGCUGGAGGGGGCGGGGCAGCACCCCCCGGCCCCUCCCCCCGUGACGCUUCAGAGGGAGGAGUUGAGGUCGCUGCUGCUCUCGAACCCCGGAGCCGUCGAUAAGCUCCUCCCCGCCGGGACCAUCAUCCAGGACUGGCAACCCCUGCGCCCGACCCCGGCCAACCUGGACACCCUGGAGACGAGGCCUCUCUCCUGGGCAGCGGACCGGCGGGACGGCCCCGCGGCGCUCGUCCUGUGCACCGCCCCCUACCCCAUCCCGCAAGGGGGCGGCUCUCUGAGGCUCAACCUGGAUGUCUUCGGGAGGGACCUGCCGGCCGCGAGGCGGGUGCUGGUGUUUCAGAUGGAGCGGGUCCGAGGGGCGCUGGGGGGCGGCGCGGCGGUGAUCCUCAACGUGUACUCGGACCCGGCUCUGUGGGAGGGGCUGCGGGAGCUGUGCGAGGGGGCCGGGGGCGUGGCCGGGGGGGUGCGGAGGUACAGGGAGUACUGGGAGCAGCUGCUGCUGGAGACUGAUUUCUGAAAAGGGUGUGUGUGUGUGUGUGUGUGUGUCACUCUCUCUCACUGUGUGUGUGUGUGUGUGUGUGUGUCCGUCCAUCUCUUUGUGUGUGUGUGUCUCCGUCUUUGUGUGUGUCUCUCUCUCACUGUGUGUGCCCCUCUGUUUGUGUGUGUGUGCGUGUCUCCGUCUCUCUCUGUGUGUCUCGUGUGUGUGUGUGUGUGUCACUCUCUCUCAGUAUAUGUGUUUGUGUGUGUGUCACUCUCUCUCGCUGUGUGUGUGUGUCUCUCUCUCUCACUGUGUGUGCCCCUCUGUUUGUGUGUGUGUGUGCGUGUGCGUGUCUCUGUCUCUCUCUGUGUGUCUCGUGUGUGUGUGUGUGUCACUCUCUCUCAGUAUAUGUGUUUGUGUGUGUGUCACUCUCUCUCGCUGUGUGUGUGUGUCACUCUCUCUCUCACUGUGUGUGUGUCUCCGUCUCUCUCUCUCUCAGUGUGUCUCGUGUGAAAUGAACAGAACGCAUUUCCACUAGAAGCCUUCUUCAACGCCUUCAAUUACACACAAAGGGGCCGGUGGCCACAACACUAAUUGAUAGAUUUAUAAAGUGAUUGCUUGCUCUAUAGUAAAAGUAUUGCAAAAUAUCAUUUGCAUUUUCUUUCCCAUUCCUGUUAAUGUUCAAUGUGUUUGCUCUCAUUCAGAGUGAUGCGGGGUUCCGUUUCUUUAUCGAGUUCUAAAUUCGCAUUCUGGAACCCCCAUUGUUUUAAUACGAAUCUCUGGGUUUUAGAUCGAACCUCCACACAGAGCCCUCACAGAAUAUAACACGCUCUGACCACGCGGUGGCAGCAGAGAGCUGCAAUAAAAUGUGCUUCAUAACGUGAUUUAUUUUUCUGUUUUUCUGUUUUUUUUUGCUCUUCAAACUUAUCAAAUUAACGAUUAAAAUCAUUAUAAAAUAAAUAUGACUGUAUAUUCGCAUGAGA